UCAUAUUAGCCGAAGAUGGAGAAAGGUGCUGAGCGAAAAGAGGAAGUUUAACGUAAGAAAGAAGGUCAGAAUUUGGCUUUCAGAUUUUAUUAUUUUUCACACGAGAGAGACGAUCUUCUUCUUCGUCGUCACGAUUCAACCGGAGAGAGAUGAAGAUCACGGCGUUGCUGGUUCUCAAAUGCGCUCCCGAGACGGCGGAUCCGGUGAUAGUGGCCAACGCCUCCGACGUCUCUCACUUCGGCUAUUUCCAGAGAAGCAGCGUCAAGGAGUUCGUCGUCUUCGUCGGCCGCACCGUCGCCAAACGCACCCCUCCCGGCCAACGCCAUUCCGUCCAGCAUGAAGAGUACAAGGUGCACGCUUACAAUCGAAACGGCCUUUGCGCCUUGGGUUUCAUGGACGAUCAUUAUCCCGUUCGAAGUGCCUUCUCUCUUCUCAAUCAGAUUGUGGAUGAGUACCAGAAGAAUUUUGGUGAGACAUGGAGGUCAGCAAAAGAAGACAGCGCUCAGCCAUGGCCAUAUUUAAAUGAAGCUCUAUCCAAAUUUCAGGACCCAGCAGAAGCUGAUAAGCUGAUGAAAAUCCAGAGGGAAUUGGAUGAGACCAAGAUUAUCCUUCAUAAAACCAUUGACAGCGUGCUGGCCCGAGGUGAGAAGCUGGACAGCCUGGUGGAGAAGAGUUCAGAUUUGAGCAUGGCAUCACAGAUGUUCUACAAGCAGGCGAAGAAAACAAAUUCUUGUUGUACUGUGCUCUGAGGUUGGGUGUUUGGAUCUAUAAACAUGUGCUGGGCGAGACUUCCUCGUUUUACAUCUGUGGUUUCGAUUAUGUUUUGAGAUGUAUAAGACCAAAUGUCUGUGCUCUGAGUUGCAUUUUGUUUUGGUUGAAACUCGAAAGCUUUUUUUUUUUUAAAUUAAUGUAGAGCCGUGUUCGUUUUUA